GCCGCUCUCCCGGGACGCCGCCGGGGCGGCUCGUUGUCCCCGCGCGCCCAGCGGUUCGCCCAGAAAUGAAGAUUUAGAAGAGGAGUUGCCAAAUAAAGAAGAUGGGAGCAAAUAGCAGCAGCAUCAGUGAACUUCCAGAAAAUGAGUAUUUAAAAAAAUUAUCCGGAGCAGAGCCGAUCUCUGAAAAUGACCCAUUCUGGAAUCAGCUGCUGUCCUUUAGCUUUACUGCUCCAACAAACAGUGCUGACUUAAAGCUACUAGAAGAAGCCACCAUCUCAGUCUGCAAGUCUUUAGUUGAGAAGAAUCCUCGAACCGGAAACCUUGGGUCAUUGAUUAAAGUCUUUCUUUCUAGAACCAAAGAAUUAAAAAUUUCAGCAGAAUGUCAGAAUCACCUCUUUAUUUGGCAGGCUCACAACGCAUUGUUUAUUAUCUGCUGUUUGCUGAAAGUAUUCAUCAGCCGAAUGUCAGAAGAGGAACUACAACUUCAUUUUACUUAUGAGGAGAAAACRCCAGGCUCGUACGGAWCAGAAUGUGAAGACCUCAUAGAAGAGUUGCUGUGUUGCCUCAUCCAGCUCAUCGUUGAAAUUCCUCUCUUAGAUAUCACGUACAGCAUUUCCUUGGAGGCUGUGACAACGCUGAUAGUCUUCCUCUCCUGCCAGUUAUUUCACAAGGAGAUUCUGCGCGAGAGCAUCAUUCAUAGAUACCUGAUGCRUGGCCGCUGCCUCCCCUACACCAGCAGACUCGUGAAAACUUUGCUCUAUAAUUUCAUUAGACAAGAGAGGAGCCCGCCCCCGGGGAGCCACGUCUUCCAGCAGCAGAGCGACGGAGGAGGGCUGCUUUACGGGAUCGCCUCCGGCGUGGCRACUGGCCUAUGGACAGUGUUCACGCUGGGGGGAGUGGGCAGCAAAGCGACGCCGCAGCUGGAGCAGUGCCCCCCUCUCGCUAACCAGAGUCUCCUGCUUCUGCUUGUCUUGGCCAACCUCACCGACGCGCCCGACACCCCGAAUCCCUACAGACAAGCUAUUAUGUCCUUCAAGAACACGCAAGAUAACACAGCCUUUUCUUCAUCGAACCCGCAUGCUUUCCAAAUUAAUUUUAACAGCCUGUACACAGCUUUGUGUGAGCAGCAGAAAUCAGAUCAAGCGACUCUUCUUCUGUACAUGCUUCUGCAUCAGAACGGCAACGUGCGCACGUACGUCCUGGCCCGCACGGACAUAGAGAACCUUGUUUUGCCAAUCCUCGAGAUCCUCUAUCACGUUGAAGAAAGGAACUCACACCAUGUUUACAUGGCUCUCAUAAUUCUGUUGAUCCUUACAGAGGAUGAUGGCUUCAACAGAUCCAUCCAUGAAGUGAUACUGAAAAAUAUCACUUGGUAUGCUGAACGAGUCUUAACAGAGAUCUCCCUUGGAAGUCUUCUGAUACUGGUUGUGAUAAGAACCAUCCAAUACAACAUGACGCGGACAAGGGACAAGUACCUUCACACAAAUUGUCUGGCAGCCUUAGCAAAUAUGUCAGCGCAGUUCCGCUCACUUCAUCAAUAUGCUGCUCAGAGGAUCAUCAGUUAUACCUGCCGCCACUUGCGGAGAUAUGUCUAUGUCUUGGACAAACUGUAUUUCCCCCCCUCGCACUGCUCGACGCUGCAGCAUUGCUUCUCGAGCCUCAGUGACAGUGGAGAGGAGCUCUUGUCUUUAACUUGCUCUCACAUUCUCAGGUCCUAUGCCUCCAGUUUGUUUUCUUUAUUAUCCAAAAAACACAACAAAGUUUUGGAGCAAGCCACGCAGUCCCUAAGAGGUUCCCUCAGUUCAAAUGACCCUCCACUUCCCGAUUAUGCGCAGGACCUGAACGUGAUCGAGGAGGUCAUCCGAAUGAUGCUGGAGAUCAUCAACUCCUGCUUGACCAAUUCCCUGCACCACAACCCGAACCUGGUGUACGCGCUGCUUUACAAGCGGGAGCUGUUCGAGCAGUUUCGAACUCACCCUUCCUUCCAGGACAUCAUGCAAAAUAUAGAUCUGGUGAUCAGUUUCUUCAGCUCCCGACUGGAGCAAGCUGGAGCUGAGCUGUCAGUGGAGCGAGUUCUGGAGAUCAUCAAGCAAGGAGCUGUUGCUUUGCCCAAAGACAGGCUGAGAAAGUUUCCCGAGCUGAAGUUCAAGUACGUGGAAGAGGAGCAGCCGGAGGAGUUCUUCAUCCCCUACGUCUGGUCCUUGGUUUACAACUCGGCCGUGGCCCUGUACUGGAACCCCCGCGACAUCCAGCUCUUCACCAUGGACUCAGGCUGAAGGGGCGGCCGCCGCGGCCAGGCCAGCUCGGCUCCAAAACCCCGGCCCGGCCCCACAUCUGAAUACCUGGUCCCCUCCAACCCCAAAGCUUACGGAGAGCCAAGGUCACUGCUCGCGGACACUGCGGCUCCGGCGUCGCGGCCAUGAAGACCUGGCCUUGGAGGCCACGUUUGUAUUUAUAGCCCCCUCCCCUCGAGCUUGUUUGAUGAAGAUGAGGCCUUACACAUGGGGUGUGAUGUUCCUGCCUGCCUCAGCGCUGACUGCUCCUGCAGCUUUGCCGGGCUGCAUGUGGGAGGAGACGGCAGGAGCUGCGAUUUGGAAGUCACGUUUGCUUUUUCCUUUCUGUAAAGCGAGGCAGCUUCUUUGGGCCAAGCUCUGCUGGCUCCUGUGGUGGGUGUCUCCAGCCCCAGGGCCGCUCUUGCUUUGGGAGGCACCGUCCCGGCUGCGGUCUCCAAAGUGGUGUCCCCCUUGUCAUGCCAGCAACUAGCAAACGGCUUAUUAACCAAAUUAGCUCUGCAGGCACGUGCAAAACCCCCCAUUUUGAUGCCACAAAGUUGGUGGGAGGGUUUUCAAUAGCGAGUCCUUCUCAGUUUGGCAAGUGCUGCUUAGAGAGCUACAAGUCCUGGUGCUCAGAGCAAAGGCCCUUGCUCUGCUCCACCUCGGGAAGUUGAACGCAUGCAUGGAUGUCCAAAGAAAAUAGUUAUGAGAUUGUAAAACAGGCCAACGUCCUGUAAAAAGGUGUGUCGUGGUGGGGAUCCCCGGGCAAAAUGCCAUGUUGAAAGUUCCCUGUUUGCCCUUGCAGGGUUUAGGGCAGAAAUGUAAAUUUCCCUGAAUAUAGAAAAUUGUUGUUGUUUUUGGAAGUGUCCUUUUCUGACGUACCUGGCUUAAGGCAAAUAAUCCCCAAACAGUCUCUGCAGUUGGAAAAGCAAAGGAAAUGGACUGGCCGGAUUUUGAGAGAACAUCUCAUUUUUCAAAAUGGCCUUUUUUAUUUUUUUCGUCCCUGGGGAGGCUCCUGGCCAUGUUCGCUCGCACGGGGACACAGGCACUGUUGUCAUCCCAGUGCUGCUGAGUGUCACCAGCACGUUGCAUGCCAAAGCAUAGAGAUCGGGAAGACCAUUCCUCAAUGUAUAUGAUGAAUCCUUAUAUUCCCUAUAUUCAUUGCCUGCCCCAGCAUGUCCUGCUUACAGAGCUGAAGCACAGGGUGCACUUGCUUUCAGACAGUCCUGAGUGGCUUUUAGGAUCAUUUGCACUCUCUUUCCCUGAAGUUUAGGCUAGACUUGUACUUUUAUCUGCUAAUUUAAAGGUGGAAAUCCAUGGAAAUGCUAGCUUAGAAGGAAAAAAAAGCAAAAAAAAAAAAAAGCUUUUCCGUAUUUAUUUAAAUAUGACUGCAAAGAGGCAUGCACAGCACCAGAGCAUUUAGGACUUGGAAAUGGCAUAAGCUUUGGAGAUGGGGCAGUAGCAAGAGUGGAGCUGCAGGUUUUUCUUAGUAGAACACAAGAAAUGAUUGAACCGUGCCCGAGCUGCACAUAUGUCUGUUCUAUCUUUAGGACUCUUUUUUUCUU